AUGGCGAAGGCCCAGGACGCAGCGUCGGUGCCCGCGCGCAGCGCCCUCAGCCUGCGCUCCGCCUUCAAGUGGGAGAACCCCAAGAGCCGCUCGCAUCGCCGUCAUCGUCACGUCAGAUUUGCUUCGAACGAGAAAUCCUACAGAAAAUCCUCCUCCCAGGAAUGCCUCGAAUCCGCGCUUUGGCCUGUGGCUUUGCCGCACUCGUACGGCAGCAACGCCGCCCGCAGUGCCAAGCACCAAGAUGUGGAGAGGGACACCCACACUCCUGAGUCCGAGACGCAGGAGAGAGCGAAGACAAAAUCGAAGUCUGAAGUGACAGCAAAUAUUGAAGUAAAGACAUCGAAGGAAGAAAUUUCAAAGGAGAAAAUCGAAGAACGAUCUGACAAGAAAGAAAAAGAAGAAAGAAAACGUAGACUAAAAAUGCGAAUGCGGUCAAGGUACAAGAGGCGAAUGAACGAAGAAAGCAGCUACGAAAAGAUAGAAGCGAAGCCUCGAGUGGCCGUGAAGUUGUACGACGGGCGAGAUUCGUGGCCUCUGGAAAUAUCCAAGUGGCACUUGUCCGACCACGGCCAACUUUUGCUCAGCUGCUUGCUGCCAACGCAGACUAAACGCCCGGAAGCAGAGAGACCCCGUGAGGUGUACAAAGCCGAUGCACGGACCGAAGAUGAUCACCACAAUGUCAUCUGCAGUGCAAUGCGUGACAUCGCCAGCCCCUACACAGAACAAUGCUUAUAAGCAGAUACUGCCGGUGCUCCUACUGCAGCAGGCGCUUCUGUAGCUGCGUACGACACGACUAGCCACUUGGUUGGAAACCAUCCGUGCAAACAUCCACCAGUAGAAGCAGUCAGAAAUGUAGCUGAAAUGUACCACGCUACCUUGUCUCAGAAGAACACUCCAAAUAAUAUGUCAAGAUUGGAUAUUGCGCAACAAAUUUUGAAGCGUCUGACUGUCGAUAUUCAAGCACAACACGCUCGUAUAUGUGACAGUACGUGCAAAAGCUGCCCUUUAUCAGAAAAUUCACAGCAACCCAUCGACGCAGCAUCGCAUGUCCCGGAAGAGCCAGAAGAAACGAACACACAGCUCGGCUCGGUGUCUCUUAUAAUACAGAAGAAUCAAGGAAUUGUUAAUCCGAUAGCAGCAAGUUCAAAUACACAAGAAUCUCCAGAAAUAAGCGUAGAAAGCAGUCAACCCGCGUCGACUGUUACCUGGAAAUUCUGGCACCCGCAAAGUUCUUCGUGGUUCUCUUUGUCGCUUCCAGAAAAAAAUGCGCAUGAAAUGUUGCAAUCUGCAGAACCAGUUAAAAGGAAUUUUGAGAAUCUCUUGCAGUCCGCAUUAAACGUUCGGAACCCAUCCAUAAACGCUGAUCCGAAACUUACAGAAAAGGGUUUUUUCCCUAAUUCCAUGAGUUUAGCGCCAGAAAUUUCGAAUGAACAAGAACAAAACAUUAAUGAACAACUUAGAAAUGAACCAGCUGAUGUUGAAUUGCAUUUUGAAGACCCCCAAGAUGCAGUAACGACUUUCCUGAACAAGGGAAAUGAUACGACUCUAAGUUCCGAAGAAAUACCAGCAACAAACGUUCAAUACCCUGAACGUACUAAUGUUCCACAAAUUCAGUCAUCAGAAGGAAAACCACCACGACCGUCUCCAGUAGACGAAUCCCAGUCAUGUUCUGCAUUUCCUGUCGACAACCCUUCAAACGAUCACAGAGAUCCAAAUAUCAAAAUAGAAGAAGGAACGUCUCCAGAGGACAACGGUCUUCUAAAUAUGCACUUGACAGGUUCUGUUGUAUGGCGUCUUUGGGAACCUAACAGUGGUUCUUGGGUUUCUCUCAAUAUUUCUAAAGGGAGUCCAGAGCAAGUGAUUGAGUGUCAACAAGUACAUAUUCAAGACGCUAAUCUAGAGACAGAAACAGGAAAAUCAACUGAAGGACCAAAAGAAAAUAGCACCCCAAACUCAAGCAUUAACGAAAAUACUGUCAUACCAAAGGGUGAAAAUAUCUCGUCAACGAAUCAGACACAGAAACUGGAAGCAUCGUUGAUGAUCUUGAAUCAUUUUUCAAAAACUGAGACACAAACAGCACAACUAGAUAAUGGAAUCGACUCUGAAAAUAAAGAGUUAUACUUAAGUAAUUUUGUUAUAAAGCCACUGACACCUAAUCUGCAGUCAGGACAACAAUCACCCGUCCUCACAAAUGAUAUCUGGUCGGAUAGUCCUACAUCUCAUCUAGAAUCAACUGACGCGGAGACGUGGGGUGUAUGGCCGACUUCAUCCCUGGAAUCGUUAAGUGUCAAAAAAACGCGAAGCAUAAAAUGCUCUUCUAGCCACCGCCGAUGCCAAAAGUCAUCGAACGCUGACACUCCAAGGAAAAACAUUGCUGGCACAACAAGGCUACGCGGGGCUCAAAGCAACACAAGGGCGGACGCAACUGAUGAACGAAAUCUGCUGCGAUAUCCAAGUGGACCCAAAACGUCCCUAAGAUCUGAAUUAGCCAUCAAGCGAUGGUUGCAGAGAAGACAGGUGCCAAGUAGUGGCACCAAAACUUUCCUGAGAUCUGAAUUAGCCAUCAAGCGAUGCUUGCAGAGAAGGCAGGUGCCAAGUAUGAACGCACGAAGCAACCACAGGCUUAAAUUUGAACGCUGGAGACGCCAGCGUUCUAUUGUUAACACUGAUUACCAUCGGCAAUAUCAUCACAUGAGGCGAUCUAGUGUGUCCCCCCAUGAAAUCGUCACGGCCCGGUCUGCUGAAGAAGCGAAUUUGAACAGUGUGGAAACCCCAUCCCUGCUACUGCUCUGCCUCACCGCCGACAGUUCUUUACUGCCCAGAGCACGAUAUCAACGCCCAAAUAAGAAACAGUAUUGCAUCAUUCAAAAUACAACUACAAAGAAGUUUGGCAACCCUGAACAGGUGCCUUGGAAGCGUGCCUCGAGGCAAUGGCGCAAGAAUUUAGCAACUGACAAGUGA